CCACACUCUUACGCACGACCGCACUAGAUAAUAUUAAGACACGUCUCUUUUUCUGUGGUGGUGGUGGUGGUGGUCGUCGUCUUACUUCUUUCUCUUGCAUUCCAUUCUUUUUUCAUUUUCUUCGAAACCUUUGCGCCACCUUUAGAAAAAUACACCACUUUAUAAAGCAGAACCACAAUGGGCUUCAUUGAAAAGCUUCGGGCACAAUACGAAAUGCGCAAAGUCAACAAAUAUACAAAGCGUCGACUGUCACAAUCCCAAUUCGCCUCACACGACCGUACAUACUACGACAGUGUUUACCGCGACGGUGUUUAUCUCGAUCAUGGCAGUAGUGACAGCAACCUCCACGUCGACAAUAACAACAACAACAACAACAAAUCGCGGUGGUCUCUAAGCGACCUCUUGAAACGAAGUCAGUCCAUAAGCACUGGCCAGAACAAGUCGACGUCGCUGGCUGCUAGUCAGUAUAAAACAUCAGAGACUUACACUCUGGGUAUCACCAGAUAAUGAACAACACGUCCAGUCUUCUUUUUUUUUUUUUUUUUUCGUUGUAUAUUGAGUGCAUAUAAAUACUUCUCCCUUAUUUCUGUAGAUAACCAGCCGAUCCCCACUUACCCACACACGCACACACUUUUUCUUUUAUUUAUCCCCAUCUUCCUCUAUUCCCUCUUUAUUUGUAAUUAUCAUACAAUGAGUAAAGAGAAGACUAAUGUUUGAUGUCAGAUAUGCGGUGUGAGUGUUGUUGUUAACUUUGUGGUUUCUUUUUUCUUGUAUUGCACAUGCUUGUUGGAGAAAUGUAUGCUACUCUGACUCUCUCUCUCUCUCUCUC